CCGGGAGUCUAUUCCGAGGUUCUUCCGACCAAAGAUCACAUUUUGCCCCAAUCCAGAUAAGUCUUCGUAAUUUCAUCCCCAAAUAUACAAAUUCCCCACACAUUAUUCAAGAAUUUUGAUCUACAAGAGACAAUUGUGCUUGUUGUUGCUUAAAGGAUCAUCAUCUCUCUCUUUUUUUCUGAAUCGGGAUUUGUUUAUGAUCAUCCCCAAUUGGCUUAAGCAAAUCCUGAUUCAGAGGGGAAAAGGAAAUUUGGGUUUCUAGUUUCAUUGUCUGUAUGUUUAUUUCUCUGAUUUCAUAGCCAUUCUUCAUAAUUUACACAUAGAAAAGGUGUUGUAUGUGAAAUUUAUUUGUGGGUUUGAUGAUAUAUAAUCUCUAAUUGGUUGAUCUUGGAUCGGAUUUGGGGUUUGGGAUAUUAAUUAUCUUUCAUUUAAAAAACAAUCAGUUCAUACCUCUUGAAGUAAAUCUCUAGGGUUGACUGUAAUCUUGUUACCCUUAGAUUCUGAUCCAAAUUUCUGGUUGUUUUAAGUCCUGAGCUGAUUGUUCCAAAAGGGAUUUGAAUAGAAGAAAUCCAGUUUUGUUGGUUUUACAAUGGGAAAACAAUCAAGGAAAAACAAGAAAGUAGGAUCAAAACCUGCAAAUAAUGUUAAUCUGAAGCAAAACAAACUUGAGGAUGGUGAUAUCGUGAAGGUCUACGAUAAAGACACUACCAUUUUCAUUUCAAUGGCAAGAGAACUUAAAGAUGAAGGAAAUAAGUUGUUUCAGAAGAAAGAUUAUGAAGGAGGGAUAUUAAAGUACCAAAAAGCCCUCAAAUUGCUUCCAAGAAACCAUAUAGAUGUUUCUUAUCUUCAUAGUAACAUUGCAGCCUGCUAUAUGCAAAUGGGUAUCAGCGAUUUUCCAAGGGCCAUUCACGAGUGUAAUUUGGCUCUUGAAGUCACACCAAGAUAUAGUAAAGCACUCUUGAAAAGAGCUAGGUGUUAUGAAGCUUUAAAUCGACUAGAUUUGGCUUUGAGAGAUGUUAAUACGGUACUAGAUAUCGAGCCAAAAAAUCUAAUGGCAAUGGAGAUUGUAGAUAGAGUGAAAGCACGUAUGGAGACUGAACAUGAGCCAAAUGAUGUGGUGGCAUCAAAGAUUGUGGAUACGGUUUUAAAGAUGGAAACUAAUAAUGCCAUGGCCACAAACGAGAUUACAGAUAAGGUGAAAGCGAUUCUUGAAAAGAAUUCCUGUGGCGAACAAGAGAUCAGUUCUAUUCGAAUCCCAGAUUAUCCAUCACAUUUGAAGCCAUUAGAGAAGGUACAUAAAAAGAAAAAGAACAAAACAGAUAAGAAAAGCGUAAAACUUGAUCAGGUUGAGGAAAAGAAAGAUGAAGAUCGAACAGAUGGGAUAACCGAAAAGAUUAAUGAUGAGGAUGAUUGUCCAGAUAAGGUUGAAGCCAAGGAAAAGAAGAAUGAGUUGAAAGAUUUUGUAAGAGAUGAGAAAAAGACCGAAGAUAAAUUAGUUGUGGAGGAGAAAAUAAGCACGAGUCGGAAAGAAGAAGAGCCGAAAAGAGUUGUCAAAUUGGUAUAUGGGGAAGAUAUAAGAUGGGCAAAAAUUCCUUUUAAUUGUGAUAUUCUGAAGCUAAGAGAGAUCAUAGGUGAACGGUUUCCAGUUUCGAAGGCCAUUCUAAUAAAAUACAGAGACGAAGAAGGUGAUAUGGUGACUAUUACCACAAAUGAAGAACUAAGGUGGGCCGAAUCAUCAACUUCUGAUCAACGGAGUGCAUUUAGGCUGUUCAUUUUUGAAGUCAACCCUGAGCAGGAUCCGUUCUUUGACCAUGUUAGAAGCCUAGAACAUAAACGAAAGCUUGCAAAUUCGUCUGCUUGUAUUGAUGAUUGGAUUCUAGAGUUCGCUCAGCUUUUCAAGAACUAUGUUGGGUUCAACACGGAUGUAUAUUUGGAUCUUCACGAGCUUGGUAUGAAGCUAUACUCUGAAGCUAUGGAGGAUACUGUAACAAGUGAUGAAGCUCAAGAAAUCUUUCAAACUGCAGCCAAUAAGUUUCAAGAAAUGGUAGCUUUGGCUUUCUUUAAUUGGGGAAAUGUUCAUAUGUCAAGAGCACGUAAAAGGGUAUACUUUACGGAAGAUGGUUCAAGAGAAUCCGUACUUUCACAGGUUAAAGAUUCAUUCGAGUGGACACAAACGGAGUACUCGAAAGCCAUUGAGAAAUAUAAAGAAGCAAUCAAAAUUAAGCCGGAUUUCUAUGAAGGUUUUCUGGCUCUAGGACAACAGCAAUUCGAACAGGCGAAACUUUCUUGGUAUUAUGCAGUUGGCACGAAUGUUAAUCUUGAAUUGUGGGAUUCAACAGAGACGUUUGAACUUUAUAACAAAGCCGAAGAUAAUAUGGAAAAGGGUAUGCAAAUAUGGGAGGAAGUAGAGAAAGAGCGUGUGAAUGGUGUUUUGAAGCCAAAUAAAGUCAAGUUACAGUUGCGGAAAACAGAAUUUAGUAGAUUUGUUAAAGAUCUUACAGAAGAUGAAGCGGCUGAGCAGGCUGCAAAUAUGAGGUCUCAGAUAAAUGUGUUGUGGGGCACGAUGCUUUAUGAAAGAUCGAUCAUGGAGUAUAAGCUCGGAAUUCCUGUUUGGCAUGAAUGUUUGGAGAUGGCUAUCGAAAAGUUUGAGCUUGCCGGAGCUUCUCAUACACAUAUAGCUGUCAUGAUCAAGAAUCACUGUUCCAAUCCUACUGCACCAGAAGGCGUGGGAUUCAAUAUCGAUGAGAUCGUGCAGGCAUGGAAUGAAAUGCAUGAAGCAAAAAUGUGGCAAACCGGUGUUCCUUCUUUCAGAUUAGAGCCGUUGCUUCAAAGACGAGUUUCAAAGCUUUUUCAUGGCUUGGAACAUCCAUGAAAACCACUGUUUCUUGAUGAAAUUGGAAAAGAGAACCUCUCGUUUACUUCCAUUUCCUCUUCAGUUCUUGAUUUGGACAAAUUGUUGCAGCUUCAAGCUCGUUGUUAUGCUUGUAGAAAAGUAGACGACUUUACACCAAAUUUGCUCUGUUGGCGAACGAUUAUAGUCAUCUUCAUGGAAACUUCUCUAACCCUUGGAGUAGAUGCAAGAUUUGCAUACAUCCUCCCCCGACGUCUAUGUAUGAUAGAUAUAUUGGGUUCGUUUGGUUCUGUGAAAGAUGACAAUCUGUAGCCCCUCAAAUUUGAUCAAGUGAGGAAUCUUGGUGCAUCGGUUUUGUUGUAGUUGGUUUUUCCGAUCACUGAAUCAUCACCCUGAUAUCGUUUUCGCAUGUUUCACACAUUUUUUUUUCCGACUUCGAGUGCUUUAAGAUGUGCCAUCUUUUUUCUCUCUCUUAUCGGAUGAAGUCAUGUAACUUGUUUCUCUUCUUGGCUUGUAAUCGAUUCAUUCGGAUAGUUUGUGAUC